AUGGACAAGCUGCUGCCCGAGCUUCAGGAGAUGAUCUUCCUCAAAUUGCAUCCCGUCGACCGGGUCGCCUGUGCGUCUGUGUGUCGUGAUUGGGCCGAUCUUUUGGCAGCCCAGCAUCUUUUGAAGGAUGUCCGUUUCGCAAUCCUGGGCUCGCAUGCCAGAGCUGCGUCAGAUCUGCUGAAGAAGAGUCGACGGAGGUUCCGCAAUCUCCAUAUCCACGACGCCGAUUUGAGCGAAUUCGACGCAGAAUUUUGGAUCCGAGUUGGCGAGGAUUUGCGAGAUCUGCAAGCGACGGAGUGCCGUUGGUCAUUCGAAGAUCUGUACUCUAUCCUCCGACAUUGCAAGAACCUCGAGUCACUCGAGUUUGAAGGCGACUCCGACUCACCCGAUGUUGCGUUGGAAAACUCCGAGGAUAUCAGCGGCGAGUUGAAACUCCGACAUCUGGAUCUGAAGAUACCAUUCGCAAGUGAAGCUCUCGGUCGUCUGCUCGACCGUAUGCCCGAACUCGUCUCGCUUCGUCUGGCCCACUUGCCCAGGCUGCACACCGGCAACGGAUCCAAAUUCGUAUACGACGUCUCUGGCCUGUUGAGCGCGAGGCAGGAACUGCGAACAUUGGAAAUUGCGCAGACCGACGUCGACGAUGAAGCUAUGAUGGCCCUUCUGAACAAGUUCUCGGGGAGUCUCCAAGAGCUGCGCGUGCCCCGUGCCGAUGGGCUCACGUACGAUACGAUCGACGCUGUCAGAAGGUGCAAGGAGCUGCGCCAUCUGACCCUACACUGGAGCAGUGCCGAUCGAAUCGAUGACAAGCAUCUUGAGAGGGUCCUGAGCGACUGUGGUGAGCUGCAGAGUUUGGACGUUCGUUUCGGGCCGUACUGUUCCUCCCGUUCCCAGAAACCGAAGUUCCUCGAGUCGAUCGAUCGCGCCAAGGGUCUUCGACAUUUGAGCAUCGACGGCCGAGUGGGCUCUGAAUGGCUCGGAAUCCUAGGGAGACUUUCCAGUCUGAGGUCUCUAAACCUAUCAUCGAUUCCGGACACGAUCGCCAGCUACAACGGCGUCGCCGCUUUGCGCGAGCUCCGAUGCUUGACUCUGGCAGAGAGUCCUACACCCGAAGGUUUUGCAAUUCUCGUCCAGAGUUUGAGUCGGCUGGAGGAGUUCACGCUGAGCUGUGAUCACCUCACUGAUGGGGAUACGCUCAACUUGCGUUUCCUGAAAAACCUGAGAAAACUUGAGCUCGUCGGCGCGACCCAAAUCACGGACGUGACAUUCCAUUAUGGGCUUGCUUGUCCGGCCUUAGAGGAGCUCUUGAUCUGGGACAGCCCUCUGAGCGAUACGGGACUUGCGAGUAUAGCCAUCCUGCACACCCAGUUGACCAGGCUCAGUCUCUAUUCUUGUGAAAGUGUGAGCGACCGCGGAGUGCGCUAUUUCGUCGAGCAUGAGGAAUCCCUUCGUGAGCUUGCGCUGAGCUCAGGUGCUUCACUCUCGAAGGGCAUCCUCAGUACCCUCGAGUUUACAGCUCUUAAGCUGCGUCGCCUGACCUUGGAUUGCGCACGGAUCAGCAAGAGGGCUAUCGCACAGUUUUCGCUGAAGAGACCGGAGAUUUUGAUUUCUAUGAGCUCGAGACCUGGAACCUUCAGCGGGGGGAUACUGAUGAAAUCCUCGCCCAAAGUUAGACUAUAA